CCCGGGGAAGCGUGUCCCUUGCGGAGCGCCGUCGGGGCCGUGGGCGCCUGCGCGGGCCGGCGCGGGAGCGGACGGCAUGGCGUUCCGGCAGGCGCUGCAGCUGGCGGCCUGCGGGCUGGCCGGGGGCUCGGCCGCCGUGCUCUUCUCGGCCGUGGCGGUAGGGAAGCCGCGCGCAGGCGGGGACGCAGAGCCGCGCCCGGCUGAGCCGCCGGCCUGGGCGGGGGGCGCGCGGCCGGGCCCCGGCGUCUGGGACCCCAACUGGGACAGGCGAGAACCACUGUCUCUGAUCAACGUGCGGAAGAGGAACGUGGAAUCUGGGGAAGAAGAGCUGGCGUCCAAGCUGGACCACUACAAAGCCAAGGCCACACGGCACAUCUUCCUCAUCAGGCAUUCCCAGUACCACGUGGAUGGCUCCCUGGAGAAGGACCGCACUCUGACCCCGCUGGGUCGGGAGCAGGCUGAACUCACUGGGCUCCGCCUCGCAAGCUUGGGGUUGAAGUUUAAUAAAAUCGUCCAUUCCUCUAUGACCCGCGCCAUAGAGACCACCGAUAUCAUCAGCCGGCACCUGCCAGGCGUGUGCAAAGUCAGCACAGACCUGCUGCGGGAAGGCGCCCCCAUCGAGCCAGACCCGCCCGUGUCUCACUGGAAGCCGGAAGCUGUGCAGUAUUACGAAGACGGAGCCCGGAUCGAGGCCGCCUUCCGGAACUACAUCCACCGCGCAGAUGCCAGGCAGGAGGAGGACAGUUACGAGAUCUUCAUUUGUCACGCCAACGUCAUCCGCUACAUUGUGUGCAGAGCGCUGCAGUUUCCUCCUGAAGGCUGGCUCCGGCUCUCCCUCAACAACGGCAGCAUCACCCACCUGGUGAUCCGACCCAACGGCCGAGUUGCGCUCAGGACCCUCGGGGACACAGGGUUCAUGCCUCCCGACAAGAUCACCCGAUCCUGAGGGCGCCCGCAGGGCUCCAGCCUCUUCUUCCCUCUGUCCUCCCCGCACAGGCCGCACGCGCUUACGUUUUGUUCCCAAGGAGACCGGUGGAAAAGUAGAAACCUGCAAUGCUGCAUCUGGGGACUGACUUGUGACCAGGCUGAGAAGGGGAGAGUUGGGAUCAGACAGCCUGACUUCUCUGCAGGGUUUUAUACCUGACCGUGAACCCCCAGGAUGGCGUGGGGUUUAAGGUGAAAGCGUCUCACGCACAAGUCAGGCCUGUUGUGGGGACCUGAAAGAAGCCUGACCCAGACCACCACGUUCGCAGCCGCAGCUGACCCGUGCUGAGGGUCCGUGCUCCAUUGGCAAAGCCGGUCAGGCACGAGGGCGACUGAGGCACAUGGAUGAGGAGGGCACCCAGGUUCUGUUCACAACUCACUUCACUUCAUACAUCCUUUUAGUUUCUUAAAACCCUCUUGUCACUUAAAUAUUUGUCAAAGAUUUUCUGGCUGGGCA